AUGAAAAAACUUGAUUAAAUUGUAAAAGGCCUUAAUAAAACUGAAGCUAGAGAUAAAAUUAGUAAAAUGAUUUAAUAUGGAACAAGAUUUUUAACAUGGUAUUACCAAAAAUUAAACAAGCUAGAAAAAGCAGAUUAAUUUAAUAAUUUAUUUAGUAUGAAUAAGUAUCAAAUAAUAAGUGGCAAUGAGAGAAGCUCGAAAGAUUUUUAGAUUAGCUAAAACUUUGAAUGAAAUUCAAUACAUAUUAGAAAAGAUUAAAGAGAAUUCAGAAAAUUAAAAUGACAUUAUAAGAGCUUUGAAAAUCUUCUCAAGAAUUUGGUAUGCUUUGUUUUGGUAUUUUUUAUUAUAGAUUAUAGAUUAGGGCUUUUGAUAACAUAAGCAUCUUGUCAUAAAUAUAAAUAAUUUAAUCAAAUCCAUAAGUCUUACAUAAAAUUGCGAUGACUUUUUGGACAGUUGGAAUAAUUACUAAUUUAGCUGAGUCUUUUAGAGAUCUUAUUAGAAAUUUAUAUUAACUUAAAAAAAUUUCAAAGUCGACAGACUCGAAAGAAAUACAUAGAAGAAUCAAUAUUAACUACUUGAAUAUCCUUAAAAAUUUAUGUGAUUUAUUAUUGGCUGGGACAGGAAGUGAAUUAUUUUUAAAGAUAUUUUUGUUCGAACCUAAUGGUGCUUUAGUUGGUUUGGGUGGAUUUAUUGCAGGAGCUAUAGCAGCAUAUCAAGCAUUUUGA